AUGUCAACGAUCGAGGAACUGCGGCUUGCGAUAGAAGAGGAGAACAGACAGCACCAGCAGACGAUGGAGAUGAUACUGCGGCAACGGGAGACGCUGCAAGGUGUUCUUGAGGAACAAAGGCAAUCCUUUCAAGAGCUUAUUGCACGGGUGACGAAGUUGCGGGUUUUGAAGGCGGAACUUCUUUCGAUGAGUUCGGACGCUGCUGUCCAAGAACUUAAAUUUGAUACGGGAAGCAAAGGGGUGGACGAACUGCUUUACACCAUACAGGACAAUCUGGAGGGGACGGCGCUGACAGGCGACACACUACUGAACAAAUUCUACAAGGCUGCUCAACAGAUUCUGAAGACGUGCACUUCCAGUAAGAAAUCUGUUUUUUCUAGCGGCAGUUCAGGAAUGCGGAGCAGUGACAUUGCGUUUGUGACGCGCAACGAAAUUCGUGGCACACAACUUUGGGCACAAAAGCACUGCAAGAAAUGCUUCACCUGUGAUGGGAAGCGAUUGAAUUUGCAGCCGGGGGAACAGGUGGAUGAAAAAAGUGUGGGUCUCGCUCGAUUACCGGAUCUUAGCAGAAUUCCCGGAAAAGAUUUUUACAAGUCAUCCAUUCGGUUUUUGAGAAAAAUGUCUGGAGAGCGCACGCUUGAAGUUUUUCGUUUCUCGGCGGUUGUGGCCAUGCGAGGUAAAAAUGGGAUUCGUCUCACAGAUUCUUUUGCGACUGCCAAGAGAGUGACAGAUGUUAUUACGGCGUUGGUUAAAAAGGCAUUGGCCACCGCGGAGGAAGAGGCAAAAAAGGCACCAUGGAAUGAGGAGGCCACAAAGAAUUUGUUACUUUCUGGUGCAGUGGAGGUAUUUUUACAUUCUUUGGAUGCAAAUAUCUCCGUCACGGUGGCCUCGUCAAACGAAACGCAUGUGAUGGAGGCAAACUGUACCCCCAUGAAUUUUACAGUUGCGAUCUUGGCACCAACUUACAUUCCGACUGUCGCAACACUUCUUGAGCUGCUAUCUGAUGCUGAGCAGCGUGCAUACUUUGCGAAGUAUAUUGUUCAACCCCUGGCGGAGCGGAUUGGUAAAUUUCUGGACAUGAUUGACGUUGUUACCUUUUACACCCGUGUGGCAAUUAACACCGUGGAUGCACUCUUUCGCAUGACAAAGGCACAGUGGUUUGCAGACAUUCUUGGGAAAGGCUUCCCAAAAAGUGAAAAAUCCGUCCCGCAAGAGAAGAUGGCGAAGAAGGUGCACGCCGUUUUAUUGGCUCUGUCAAUAUUUGGUACCAGUGUGGAGGUUAAUUGCGCGCUCCCACCUCCAGGUGAUAUAACUGACACCGCUAGCAUCAAAAACUUUCUUUUAAAUAUUGCAGAAAGCUUUCUGAGAUUGCUCAUUGCACCCAGCCCGUACAGGAUUCCGCCAAUGAAUGAUCCAAAGAGCGCUAAUUUGAUUGUAAGCUUGCUGAGAGCGCCCACCGUUUUUUUGGAAAUUCUUAAUAGUACCUUUAGUAGUAAUCGCCGUCUGCCCUCCACGGCUCGCGUUGGUGUUGUGGAUUAUCUCGCUUCGCCAAAGGCUAAAAUCCGUCAUGGCCUGAGGCUCUUUUCAGAGAUCAUUGUGGAUGUAUACCGCCCGUACGCCCCGAAUACAGGGGUUGUCAUUGCGGAUGAUAAUGGCAAGUCUGGGAAGCCAAAGGCCACAGGCUGUACCCCUAUUUCAGAUAUGCCACGUGACAUUGUGCGUGCGAAUGUAGAAGUGGCAGAUUGGGCGGAGUCCCUCAUGAAACGGUUGCUGUCGUUUCGAAAAAAUUCAACGCUGGAGACAGAGUUGACCCAAGGUGGGAAGGAACUCAUACGACGUGUAAUGGAGGUGGGCGAUGGCACGGUCUUUUCAGCGUUUUUAAAGGACGUGGAGGCGCUGGAGGUGGAAAUGGUCAAAAUGUUGGAUGUGUGCGUGGACGUUUGGUUACCGUUUGGCUCUGGCGCUGUGGAUAUGGUGGAUUGCCCAAGUGAACUCCUGUACGUUCGCCUGGAACGGAGCCGCCAUAACUAG